AUGGAGCAGGACACCAAUAUGCUAAACACCCACCAACAGUUGGUCAGGACCACGUCCGCAAGACCAGGGCAAGACAUACAGCUUCAGGCUCCAGGGUUGGGCACGGGGCUACUCAAGCUUCUGUCCACCAUCUCCCAGAAAGAGCAGGGAAGCCUGGGGAGCGGUGAUGGUAUGCCAGUUCAAGGCCCGCAACAGAGGUCUCAGAGCGCAAGGCAGACCACAAAGAAGGACCACAGGCCUAGGGGUCGGAACAAGAAAGGACAGGGCCCUGCCGAGGCUGAGGAUCUUUUCCACCCUCCUCGGAAGCCCUCCUUCCCCUUCCAGUGGGCCUGGGAGAGUGUCACCAUAGAUGGCCGAGCUCCGCUUGAGCCGAGCGCCCCCUCGGCCCCUGGCCACCAAGCUUUGCCCUUGCUCACCGAGGCCUCUCAGCACAAGUCCAGGUACAAGUCCACAGCCAACCUCCCAGAGGCCCAUGACUGCUGUUGGAAGACAGAUGUGCAAACCCUGAAGAGGGGACAGCAGCUUGGGGCCUGGGGUGGCGUCCCCAUCCCUCCCGGCAAAGGGGAGAACCAAGGGCUGGAGCCCCCCAGUGCAUGUGGCCUCCUGCCAUCUGGGAAGAGGUCAGGAUCAGGAACAGAGGCUGCAAGUCCUGCUGAGCUGGAAGGCCCUGGUGCUGAGGAGGCUGAGAGGGACCUGAGCCCAGGGGAACUGCCCCAGCUUUUCAGGAGAGGAUUCAUCUCAGAAGACGAGCAGUCCUCAGAGACCACAAAGGAGGCUGAGGAAGGGGAGCAUGGAGAGAGGGCUGGUUCUCAGAAAAAGGGGCAGAGUUCUGGAGAGGAGGCCUUGGAUGAGGAAGAAUUGCACGGCCCGAGCCGGAGAAGCAGCUCCAGCCCCGGCAAACUCCAAGGACCACAGGGGAGGAAGUCGAGGGCCAAGGAGCUGGAGGGGCCGUGGGAUCUGGAGAAGUUGCACAGGCAGCUACAGCAAGAAUUAGACUGUGGCCCCCAAAAGCAGCCCUGGAAGUCUCUGCGGGCUGCUUUCCAGGCCUCCAACCGGAGUGAGAAGGCCCAUGCUUUGGGCGACGAUGAAUCUUUCCUGUUUGCCAACUUCCCUACUCGCACCUUCCACAAACGACAGGAGGCCACCAGAAGCCUGCUGCAAGCCUGGGAGCUACAGCGGCAGGAGGAGCGCCAGCAGGCCAGGCUGCGGCGAGCCCGGGAGCAGCGGGUCCAGCAGCAGGUGGCUCGCUGCCUGGCGGCCUAUGCACCCAGAGAGAAUCGGGGCCCCGGAGCCACCCAGCGCAAGCUGGAAGAGCUGAGGCGCCAGGAGCGAAAGCGCUUUGCUGAGUACCAGGCAGAGCUGCAGAGCAUCCAGCACAGGGUGCAGGCCCGGCCCUACCUGUUUCAGCAGGCCAUGCAGGCCAACGCUCGACUCUCCAUGACCCGGCACUUCUCCCAGGUGCUGUCGGCUCUGGGACUGGAUGAGGAACAGCUACUGGUUGAGGCAGAAAAGGGGCACCAAGCAGGCACCUCCAGGAAGCCCAGGAGUCACAGAUCGAUGGGGAUGAGAACGGAGCACUCUUCUCAGAGACCCCCCGUGGACACAGCCCACCGGCAGCCAGCCUGACAGGCACUCUGCCCCCAGCCUGGACCCAGAGUGCAGUCCCAGAGAUCAAAAUUAAAAGCUUUAUGG